AUGUCGGAAGCUAUGCCUCUCCCAUAUACGACGACUGCCCCGAGCUGGACCCCAGAUGCAUAUCACGGCGCUCGGGGCCCAGCACAUUCUCAAUCGCUUCCUCAAUAUGAACAUCAAGUGCAUCCUCCGGCAGGUUAUUACAGUGCGACACCUGAAAACCGCCGCCCCUCACAACUACAGUCCGUACAACACCCAAGGACUGGCCAUGUCUACCAACUAGCCGAUAUGUCGAGCUCUGUUCCGCAGCAUCCACACCCCCCUCCUCCACCUGGGCUACACCAUCAUCAUGCUGCUGGCAAUCUGGCAGGUUAUCACGAAAGAGUAGACAACGGACAAGGUCGUCGAAUGACACACCCUUCACAACUGCACUCAGUAUCAGGAGAGCAACCGCCUUCGCUGGUAAACUCGCAGCCUGGGCCACCAACGGAUAUGCGCACUCCGCGUUACCCUGGUCAUCGCUACGAUCCAAGGACUACUACAAGUACCAAUCCACCGCAUGAAUCAGCCAGCCCUAUGGUAUCUCCAACCGAGCAACGACCCGAUCCCAUGAGAAUUUCGGAUCUUGUCACUUCUACCCAGAGCAAUAGUCAUAUGUCCAGCACGCAACCAGAUGGCAUCAGAUAUAGCCUGAAGAUACGGCAACAACCGAUUGCAGCUAGGUCGUGCGGUUUUGGAGAGAGAGACCGGAGGGUAAUUGACCCCCCGCCAAUCGUCCAGCUUCUUAUCGAGGGCCCAAACUUUACCAAAGAAGACGUCGCCAAGCAUCUACGUUAUAGCCAUUAUGUUAUGAGUUGUUCUAUUGUCGACGAGACAGGAGCCCGCGAUGCUUCAUUCAUGCCUGAGGAGUAUCGGCAACAGCGCCGACUCAUGGGCUCGCUAGUCAGCGCUCCCUUUGUUGGGAAAGACGAGCAUGGUGAAGAAGGCUCAUUCUUUUGUUUUCCAGACUUAUCCUGCAGAACACCAGGAUCUUUUCGGCUCAAAUUCAGCAUGGUCAAACUCGAUCCUGCUCGUGCGAAGGAAGUGAAGCGUUUCCCGGAUCUUGCUGAAGCGCAAAGUGCAGUUUUCACAGUUUAUACAGCGAAGGACUUCCCGGGCAUGCAAGCAAGCACGAAGCUUACCAAACGGCUCAAAGAGCAAGGCUGUAUCAUAUCCAUUAAGAAAGGAAAUGAUCGGUCCAAGAAUGCUAGGGGUCAUGACGAUUCAAGUGACGGAGAUCAAGACGAUGGAGACGUCGCCGCGCAAGGCAAGAGACGGCGACGUUCAACACGACAAUAA